AUGAUGAUAACUCUUCUCUUACUCUUACUCUGUGUCAACAGAGCCGUCUCUGAGGAUAUUGCCGAGGUGUUAAAAGCACUGCAUGGUGACAUAGAAGAAGUACUCGCAUUGUCUCAUGAAGAAGAAGAAGAAUUAAAAAAAGAAGAAGAGAAAAUUAUUGCUGUAACAGAAGAUCAGGUUAGUACUUCUGGCGGUAACAUCCCGGAAAUCAAUGAGAUGGACCAUACGGAUGGGAUGUAUCAAGGUGACAUGAAGCUGACGAGUGAUCAAAUCGUAGAUGUCAUUGAAGACAUCGAAGAAGAAAGAGAAGAAAAGCGCGGCAAUGGCACCGAAUACCGACAGCGGCGAAAACGUCAAGCAUUCCGCGACGCAAGAUACCCUCAAACAAUAUGGGAAAAUGGAGUCUAUUAUUUCUUCCAUUCCAGUGCAACUUCAAAAGUUCAAAGCGUUUUCAAAAAAGGUGCCCAAGAGUGGGAAAGAAACACAUGUAUUAACUUCCACGAAGAUAAAUAUAGAAGAGCUAAACAGAAAAUUCAAGUAUUCGUUGAAGAUGGUUGUUGGUCAUACGUCGGCAGAAUUGAAAAACCGCAACAAGAACUAUCCCUUGGAAGAGGAUGUGAAUCUGUUGGUACUGCUGCACACGAAAUAGGUCAUGCACUUGGAUUUUGGCAUACUCAAUCAAGGCACGAUCGCGACAGAUUCAUUACACUGGAUUUAAAUAAUAUUAAGCCAGAUUGGCGGGAUCAGUUCACUAAACAAACGACGGUCACCAAUAACAACUACGAUCUUACGUACGACUACGGAAGCAUAAUGCACUAUGGAUACAGAUCUGCAUCCUACAAUAAAAAACCCACGAUGAUUCCAAAGGACACACUCUAUGCGCAGACCUUGGGAUCACCUUUCAUUUCCUUCUACGAGUUGCUUAUGAUGAACAAACACUACAAAUGUCUAGACAAUUGUAAGCCAGAGACAUCCGCUAUAUGUCAAAUGGACGGUUUCCCUCAUCCUCGUGACUGCAAAAAAUGCAUUUGUCCAAGUGGAUUCGGCGGUGAUCUUUGUGACCGAAGGCCCUCCGGAUGCGGUCAGGUACUAAAUGCGACAACAAACUACCAAACUCUCACAGAUACGGUUGGCAAUAUCAACGUUGGAGAGAGAGAAGAUUUUUCAAAGUGCAACUAUUGGAUCCAGGCACCAAAAGGCUCCCGUAUUGAAGUCAAACUCGAAAGUUUCACAAGAGGGCUUGCUGUUGAUGGCUGCUCUUAUGCUGGAGUCGAAAUCAAAACUCAUUCAGAUCUCCGUCUUACUGGUUAUAGGUUCUGUGCUCCAGAAGAUAAGGGUGUCACUUUGGUAUCAAACUAUCACAUUGUUCCCGUGAUCACAUACAAUCGAGCCUAUGCAUCGCAAACGGUCCUGAAGUACAGAAUCGAUUGUAAGAAAUGUAGCCUAAUGUUUAAGGAUAUUAGAAAGGAGUUAGAAGAGGUUAAAGAUGAAAUAAAAGAACUGCAACUCUCUGAAGAGCAAAGAAAAGAUUUGGAAGAAAGAGAAAAGAUCAUUAUCGAUGUAGAAGAAGAUCAUGUUACUGCUUCGGGCGAUACACUCGCAUCUAUCAACUUCAACGAUAACGUUACGGAUGAAUUAUUCCAAGGCGACUUGAAGCUGAUAGGGAACGAUAAUUUUAACUAUUGUUGUUUUAAUGUUGCUUAA